GUGAAAUCACCAGAACAAGGAAAAUUACGUAUAGAGACAGCAAAAGCUAGAAAUGACAGCUUACAGGAAAAGAAAGACCCAAUGGAAGAAAAAUCCGGGACUAUCAGCGAAUAUGAUUUCUGA